AAGGUCACAACAUGAACUACGUACGACACACCCUUUUCUUCUCCCUUCAAAUUCAAUCUCAUUCACUUCUUAACCCUUUUGUUUAGAUUUUUUCUGUCAGAUUUCACAAACAACAAGUUGAGGGUAGCUACGACAAGUACUGUCACAACUCACAACACAAACCUGCGGCUCUCAUUCAAACACACACACAUAUCCAUACCUAGAUUAUUUCUUCAAAAUCAUUGCUUUUAUUCAAUCCUUCAAUUUUGGUUCACAUAUUUCCAAUUUACUUUCUACCCUUUUAAGGGACUAUCAAAAAGUUAACAACUUUAGAACCAAAUCCAACACCACCCUCCACAAAAAGCUUCUUCCUUUCAUCCUUUAGUUUCACUCACUCACCAAUGGCAACAAUGUUUUUAUCAGAAUGUGGCUUAAGACCACUUCCACCAUUGUACCCUAAACCAAGAACAAACACAAUUUCAUUUCAAAAACCUUCAAAGAUUAGAUUUUUAAGCAAAACAACCAAAAGGGUAUCUUCAGAUCUAAGGUUUAAACCAAAAACAUGGGAAUUAAGAGUGAGUGCUCCUUCAAGGGUUGCUGAGGAAGAAGAAGAAAAGGGUGGAGGAGGGGUAGUUCAGGAAUUUCCAAAUUUUGACCCUGGUGCACCACCACCUUUUACAUUAGGUGAUAUAAGAGCAGCUAUACCUAAACAUUGUUGGGUUAAGGAUCCUUGGAAAUCUAUGAGCUAUGUUGUUAGGGAUGUUGUUGUGGUUUUUGGUUUGGCUGUUGUUGCUGCUUAUGUUAAUAGUUUGUUUGUUUGGCCACUUUAUUGGGCUGCUCAAGGAACCAUGUUUUGGGCUCUCUUUGUUCUUGGUCAUGAUUGUGGUCAUGGAAGCUUUUCAAACAAUCCAAAGCUGAACAGUGUUGCGGGGCAUUUGCUGCAUUCAUCAAUCCUAGUACCAUAUCAUGGAUGGAGAAUCAGUCAUAGAACACAUCAUCAAAACCAUGGCCAUGUUGAAAAUGAUGAAUCUUGGCACCCGUUGCCAGAGAAAAUCUUCAGGAGCUUGGACAAUUCAACAAAAAUGUUGAGAUUUACAAUACCUUUUCCAAUGCUUGCAUAUCCUUUCUACCUUUGGAGCAGGAGUCCUGGGAAGAAAGGUUCUCACUUUGACCCAAAUAGUGACUUGUUUGUGCCAAAUGAAAGAAAAGAUGUUAUUACUUCGACAGUUUGUUGGACAGCUAUGGCUGCUUUGCUUGUAGGCUUAGGAUUUGUAAUGGGUCCAAUUCAAUUACUCAAGCUUUACGGCGUUCCUUAUGUGCUUUUUGUCAUGUGGUUGGAUUUGGUGACCUAUUUGCAUCACCAUGGCCAUGAAGACAAAUUACCAUGGUAUCGUGGACAGGAAUGGAGCUACCUUAGAGGCGGACUUACAACUCUCGAUCGUGACUAUGGAUUGAUAAAUAACAUUCAUCAUGACAUUGGAACUCAUGUCAUUCAUCACUUAUUUCCUCAAAUCCCACACUACCACUUAAUAGAAGCUACUGAGGCAGCUAAGCCAGUUCUUGGAAGAUAUUACAAAGAGCCAAAGAAAUCAUCUCCUUUACCAUUUCACCUCAUUGGAGAUUUAAUAAAAAGCAUGAAAAAAGACCAUUUUGUCAGUGACACUGGUGAUGUUGUUUACUAUCAAACAGACCCUAACCUUAGUGGCUCUUCUACAUCAAAAUAAAUAUUUAAUAUUUAUUUUUUUCUUCUUGUAAAACAAGAGAGAACCCACAUAAUUUAUAUGGCAUGACCUGACACAGUUUCAUAAACUUUGAAAAUUGUGUGUGAGUUUGAACAUUGAUUGAGUCCUAUAAAUAUUAAGAGUGGAAAAUUCCUCAUAAGAAAAGGGAAGAAGUGCUUGACAAAUUGGACUGUUGUAACUUGGUGCUACUCAUUGAUUGAAGCAAAAGGUAUAUGUAGCGUGUUCUUCAUUGAAGAUCAAGAUUUGUGUAAAUUGUUUAUUCUUGAUGAAGGAAGUUAUGUCUUCAUGGAAGUAAUAAUGUAAUUUAUCUCAACCUCAAAAAAUUGAGUGAUUAUUAUUGAAUGGAAUUGAAGCAACAAAUGUCACUUUCUUGUGUUUA